GGAGGAUCAUUCUCUGGAUUUCCUACAAAUGCGUCCGUUAGCGAGAUUAACCUUCCAACAUCAAAAAGCGAAUUAUUUGCUGCUGGAUUCGACCAAAACUCUCUGGUUUGUCCAAGCGCACCAAGUAUCUCGGUUCCAACGCCUACUAAACCUCCACCAGCUCUUCAACCUCCUUCCACAGGCAUUCCCAGGAAUGUUUCUGUUACUGGUCUUGUUGCAAAAGUGUUCGAAACAAGCGAACAACAGAGAAAUCUUGCCCGUGGGAAGUGUCGACGAACCAUUUACAGUCGUCAUCUCCUCGAGAGCGUGCCCGCGUCACCAACUCCACCUCCCGUAGGUGUUUCAUUUAAUCGUGCCUAUUUUUCACGCCCAGUCUCUGCUAGCUUUCAUGCAUGA